GCGCGACGUACUUGCGAGACUGCAUAUAAGCACCGCAACUCGCUUAGAAUAAGGACAGCGGGAUCUCCCAGAGAAGAGAAACGACGGGAUCUUUCAACACUGGAACCAGAACCCUGCAUGCAGGGCCGACCAUGGCCCGCUCUCUCUUCGAGCUCCCCGACGAGCUGGUUCUGACGGCACUCAACCACAAAUUUCCCUGCCGAGAGCCGCAGAUUCGGGCUCUCUCGACACUUUUUUAUCCCGGCGCUGCACCAUGCCGAAACCUGGUCAUCUAUGGCACCGAGGCCACGGGCAAGAGCGCCAUCACGGCAGCUCUGCUGGCGGAGCUCUCAAACCAGAGCCCAGAUGACGGCUUCAUUCUCCGACACGCCAUAGUGAACUCGACGGAAUGCAUCACGGCCCGUCAUCUCUACGAGACCGUGGUCGCCAAGGUUAUGGAUGCCCUGGAAUGGGACGCAGCACCGCCAAGGUGCGAGACCGUCUCGCAGUUGGCUGUCGAGCUGUCUAAGCUGCUCAAGUACACGCCACGUCCCGACGGCUUCCGCUUCGUCUUGGUCUUUGACGCCAUCGACCGCCAGCGAGACGCUCCCCACACGCUGCUCCCAGCCCUGGCGAGGUUGUCCGAGAUAAUUCCCUCCCUUACGACCGCCUUCAUCGUCACCUCCCCACCCCCCAACUUCUUGCUCACCUCUUCCGUCCCCCACGUCCACUUCCCAGCCUACACCAAGCCCGACUUUAUCGCCAUCCUCUCCUUGUCCGCUCCCCCCGCCCUGCCCAACACAACCGCCCAGGAAACGGCGGACCUGUGGGCGCGCUUCACCGCCGCCGUCCACGACGCACUCGCCCGCGCCGCCUCCCGCACCCUGCCCUCCUUCCGCCAUGCCUGCACGGCUCUCUGGCCGCGCUUCACCGCACCCAUCCACGCAGGCACCCACUCGGCGCGCGAGUUCUCCAAGCUCCUCGUCGCCGCGCGCGUCCACUUCCAGGACGAGCGCCUGCUCGACCCGGGCGUGCUGGCCGUCACCUCUACUACCACCACCACUACCACCAGCAUGGCACCGAAACCAGCAACGCAAGCCACGGCAACCGGCAGCACCCUCAGCAAACAAAUCCCCCCACCAACACCACCACCACCACCACCACCACCACCACCACCACCACCACCACAAUCAAAAACGACAGCGACAAUCAUACCGACGGCCCUCGCGAAACCCAGGAGCGAGACAUCGGCCGGCCUCGCCCUCGCCACCCUGCUCCCGACGACCGCGCGCCUGCUCCUGCUGGCCGCCUACCUCGCCUCGCACAACCCGACCCGGCACGACCAGACGCUCUUCUCGACGCACUACCACGGUAGCCGCCGCGGUCGCCGCCGCCGCCACCGCCAACGCGGCCCCGGGCUGUCAUCUUCCUUCUCGUUGCCGGCGUCGGCGUCGGCGUCGGCGGCGGACGGCGCGCACGGGCGCGGGCGCGGGCGCGGGCGGGCCAAGCACCGCAAGAUUGCGCGCAAGCUGCUGGGCGCGCACGCGUUCGUGCUGGAGCGGAUGCUGGCCAUCUACGAGGCCGUGCGGGCCGAGUGGGAGGUCGGCGGGCGGGGAGUGGCCAAGGAGGAAGGAAGGGAGGAAGAAGCGGCGGCGGCGGCGGCGGCGGCGGCGCCCCUCGGGGACGCGGACCUGGGCGCGGCGAUCGCGACGCUGGCCAGCCUCAGAUUGCUGGUCAGGGUCGGCGGGGGAGCGGCGGGCGGCGCGGCGGGCGCGGCGGGCGCCGUCGGCGACGUGAUGGACCGCGGGGGCAAGUGGAGGGUGAACGUCGGGUGGGAGGUCAUCCGGGGGCUGGGGAGGGGUAUCGGAGUCGAGGUGGAGGAGUGGUUGAUCGAGUGAGUUAGAGAGAGAGGGAAGGAAAGAAAAAGAGAUUGCGUACCGAGGAACGCUGCACGUAUUC